UGAGUGAUUUUGAACGUGCUACAGUUGGAAAGUUAGAUAACUCAAUUUUGUCGCGCUCUCGUGGGUAUUAUGAAAAGACGGUAAUUGACGGUAGUGAAAAUGUUAUUAUCUAAAAUAUUAUUCUUUUAUCAUAUCCAAUAUCGUCAUGCGUUUGCACGUGGAAAACGAAAUUUACAAAAAGCUUUCGCGGUUAUUGUAACUCGUUAGGCGUAUAAUAUACGCGCGCCGGACAUUAACUUAAUUAUUAUUGCAAGCAAUUACGAUUAAAGCAUGACAUCGUCGAUGUAAUAAAGUAUCAUAAAAUACAUACAAAAGGUGUAACAGUAAGACAAGAUGAUUUUUACAAGGAUUAGAUCAUCUCUGUUAACUCAAUGGCAUGAUGGAUGCUUUGAACAGAAACGUUUAUUGAGAAAACUAGUACAUAAGAAUAAAACCAAUGAAAAUAAAUUUGAUGUAAUCGUCAUUGGUGGUGGUCAUGCUGGAACCGAAGCAUGUACUGCUGCUGUCAGAAUGGGUGCCAAAACACUAUUGGUUACUCAGAAAAAAAAUACUAUAGGAGAGAUGUCGUGUAACCCGUCUUUUGGUGGAAUCGGAAAGGGCCAUCUGAUGAGAGAGGUGGACGCUUUAGAUGGAGUGUGCUGUCGGAUAUGUGAUAUUUCAGGAAUUCACUAUAGAGUUUUGAACAAGAGCAAGGGACCAGCAGUAUGGGGUCUCAGAGCUCAGAUCGACAGAGCAUUGUACAAGAAACAUCUUCAAGCUGAACUCUUCAAUAUGCCUGGAUUACAUAUCUAUGAAUCUUCUGUGGAAGAUCUGAUUUUAGAAAAUGAGCCUCUGUCCUGCCAAGGAGUUAUUCUCAAGAAUGGAACAAAGAUAUUUGGUGACGCAGUAGUUAUAACUACAGGAACUUUUCUAAAAGGCCAAAUAAACAUUGGGUUAGAGAAAAGACCCGCAGGCAGAUUGAACGACGAACCUAGCAUCGGUUUGGCUAAUACGCUUGACAGACUUGGUUUUCGAAUAGGAAGAUUAAAAACUGGCACACCGCCAAGGUUGGAGAAAGAUAAUAUUGACUUUUCCAAAUGUACGAAAACCAUACCAGACGAUUCUCCUAUACCAUUUUCGUUUAUGAGUGCUAAUGUCUGGUUAUCACCUGAUAAGCAAGUACCGACGUAUCUAACGUUUACAAAUGAAAAAGUCGCAAAGAUCAUAAAGGAUAAUAUGCACUGUAACUUACACGUAAAGGAAGAGAUAUUGGGUCCGCGAUAUUGUCCGAGUAUAGAGAGUAAGAUUCUACGAUUUAAAACGCUUCGACAUCAGAUCUGGCUUGAACCGGAAGGUCUGGACUCACCAUUGAUUUAUCCCAGUGGAUUGUCAUGCACUUUGCCAGAAGACAAACAGGUGGAACUCGUUAAAUAUAUCCCAGGAUUAGAAAACGCUCGUCUAGUCAGACCUGGUUAUGGAGUCGAAUACGACUACAUAGACCCUAGAGAAUUAACCACCCAAUUGGAGACCAAAAAAAUUUCUGGGUUGUUCCUUGCCGGACAGAUAAACGGCACCACUGGUUAUGAAGAGGCAGCUGCACAAGGUAUCGUCGCGGGUGUUAAUGCAGCCGCUAAGGUUUUGGGAAAAUCGCCGCUUCUGAUAAGUCGAACAGAAGGCUACAUUGGCGUUCUCAUUGACGAUCUAACAACGGAGGGUACUACAGAACCAUACAGAAUGUUUACCAGUAGAUCGGAAUUUCGAAUAGAAGCGAAAUACGGUUAUAUUGUCGAGAAUCAGCAAGACCAAGUGAACGAUAUCAGGAGAAACGAGCAGAUGACUAUACCGGACGAUAUCGACUAUAAUAGUCCUGAUUUAAAUCUAUCUAAUGAAGAUCGAGAGAAGCUUUCAAAACAUCUCCCACGCACGAUUGCAGCAGCUAAUAAAAUCUCAGGUGUGACUCCUUCGGCUAUAUUGAGGCUGCUUUAUUAUGUUAGACAUCAUUCCAAUGAGAAUGUACAAGAACGCAGUAAUGUAUUAUAAUAGUGAAAAAUAAAUAACGAUGACUUUCACGAAAUAUUGCCAACAUUGUUCUACAAAUGUAAAAUUAUUAGGAAUUUAUCAGAAAUUAAUUAAAUACUAGUAGAAUAACGAAACACUUGAAACAAUAUAAUUUGAGCAUGAAUUAAGAAACUUUAAACAAUUCUUUAUUUAAGUUAUUCUAAAUAAAGUUAUUCUAAAAAGACUAAUUUAAAUGAUGUAAAAGGAUUGUUAGUGCAGUUGUAUUAUUAGUCUGAAUAAUAAAAUUAACUUUUCUAUGUUUUGCAUUGUAAUUAUAAAAGCAAAAUGUAUUGGAUAUUUGGUAUUAGAAAAAUAAAAUUUCAAAA